AUGAAUUCGAGGUGGGUGAUGUAUGGCACAACACAAGUGAAUUAUAAAAUCAAACAAAAUUUGAGUGGUGGAAACACUUCAAUUCCCGUCCGUAUACUUUUGCUUUCAAAUGAUGGGAUGGCGUUUCAGUGCCUUCGCCUGGUCUUGACUGAACGCACUGAUUUUUCCUUUUUAAUUCCCGAGAACGCCAUAUUUGAGUGUUCCAAAAAAGACUUUGACAUUAAUACUGUCACCAACUGUAUACAUAUCAAUUGGUACAACAACAAACUUUUAGAAUUCAAAGUCCCAGACUUACGUAAAAUAUAUAAAAUGGAAUGUAUACCACCACAAAUUAAUACAAAUUACAAUGAAAGGUGUAAAUAUGCAUUCAUCACUUCGUUUUUCCCACCAAAUGGCUCUCAAGACGAUUACGAGUUGAGGAGUUUAGACGUGCCUGUUACAAUUGCAUUCGACCUACCUAUUUCGUUUUAUGAAGACUAUACCAUUCAGACUAUUUCCUUCACACUCCGUUCUUCUCUUCGUUUAGUAACUAGUAAGACUGAUACUGAAACAGUCACUGUAGACUGGGCAGCACAGAAUAACAUACACAACGCACAUUUUAAGACAUUCUAUUCACAACUCGAUGAAGAUUCAACACUCGCCAUUACUUUUGAUUUUGUCUCUAAUUCCAAGUUGACAACCACCGGAAAGGUAUUAGUCCGCCUUUUUGAGAAUGGCGAGCUUAUUUGUGGGAAAAUUCCAUAUACAGUCCCAACAAUAGAAGUGAGUCAUUGGAACAAGAUAUGUAAGGUCCAUCUUCAGAAUGUUCCUGCUUCAACGUUUGAUGCCAAACAGAAUAAAAUUAUUCCAUGUGAGAAUCUUCCAAUCAUAUGCUUUUCUAUCAACACUAUUAAAGGACUUAAAAGGCAUGAAAAUUACAUAGAAAUUAUGCAAGAGAAAGUGGAUGGCAUUUUGAGUGCAGCCAAGUCGUUUUCAAUUCGAAGUCUUAUUCCAAAUGAGUUCAGUUUGAUUUUGUUUGAGCAGCGAAUGUUCUUCAUGACAAAGUAUUUCAGAACAAUGGCGUUUUGGGUGUUCAAAGCAAUUUUAGAGAACGAUUUGCGAACAAAUGAGAAUUACACGUCACAGAUGAUUCAAUUUGUCGAGGAAAAGAAGUUGGUCGAGAGUUUUACCGACUGGAAAUUUGUCGACGCAGUUCCUUACUUUGCAACACAAACCAACUGCAAACGACUGAGAGAAAAAAUUGGGUACAAAAUUCUUUUUUCAUUAAACAUCGAAGAACUUUCCCAGUUCCCGCCUUUUCUGAUUGAAAUACUUAAACACGAAGAGUAUACCAACAGCACAUGUCCCGUCCUCGAUUUUAUUAUCAACGAGUUGUUUAAAAAGAACAGGGAGACUUCUGAAGCCCAACAGUUGUAUGAAGCACUUCUUUGGGAGUCAGCGAGUGGAUUACAAAAGUGUGACGAGUACUUUGAUGUGUAUGUGAAUGUGUUUAACACACUUGCUGGGACACCACUUGCAAAUGCGAUGAGUGUCAAAAAGGAGAUAUCAGACAUCCAGAACGUUAUUAUGCUGAUCUCGAGAAUUGAGGAGAAAAGAAACAACGAGAAUCCGUCGGGGUUCUUUCAGUAUGUGACUGGAAAUAUGUUGGGAUUCUUUUCGCCACAAGUCGAUCCCUUCAUUGAACAAAUGAAGAAGAUCAAAAACUUCUCGUUUCCGUUCUUGUCGGAGCGUGUCGCGGAGAUGAAAAAGCAGCGAAUAUACAACUCCGCGACAAGGCCGAUGCUCGUUGUAGCGGAACUUGACAAUCAAGUGAAGCCUUUAUUACUUGAACAACAAAAAUCCAAUCAAAGUCCACCGCAGAAAGUCGAAGAAACCGUCCCAAAAGAAGUCUUUUUCAUGGUGAAGUCUCAAGAUGAUUUGUUGAACGAUUCAGUCGUCUUGGUCAUUUCAAAUUAUUUAAAUCGAGUCAUGAAGAGCAAAGGAGAAGAUAUGGCAUAUCAGACGUAUCAUAUCGUCGAGAUGGGCGACAAAAAGGGGGUAGUCGAGUUUGUACCUAAUGUCUUAGAACUUUCAGAAGUUUGGGAGAAGAACGCACUGGAACAAAUCAUAUCGCCCAAAGAAGAUGGCAAUCGAGAUCUUGCCAAACUCAUUUAUAUUCGAUCAAACCAUAAAGAUGAAGACAAAACGGAAGAUGGCGAGAAAUAUUAUAAUGAAGACGAGUUACGUGCAAUUGAGGAAACAAUCACCACUAACUCUGUUGAGCGGCAAAACAACUUUGUGAAGAGUUUUGCUAUGUGUUGUCUGUUGAACUAUUUUUUGAUGCUUCGAGACCGACACGCAGACAAUUAUUUGCUUCAAUACACCACUGGAAAACUCUUUCAUAUUGACUUCGGAUUCAUUUUUGGAAACACUGUGCCCUUGAAGGCGAAUGAGCCUGACAUCACACGUUUUAGCGAUUUGAUGCGUUUGCUUCAAAAACUCAGGAAGACAGAGAUGUUCUAUCAACUACUCGAUUGGGGGUUUGAUGUCAUUUCCGAAGAGGCGCAAAAUGUCAAUACGUUAGUGUCGUUCAUUUGUUACAACUCCAUUACUGAGAACUGCCUUAAUAAACUGGAGGAGAGACUUUUUGCUCGCGACAAAGAAGUGUUUCUUAAAGAAGCAAAGAAUGAAGAAUCUCUCAAAACAUCAGACUUUAUGCAGCGGCUUCAUCAAGAAAUGAAGUAUUUAAAGUCUUGGACUUCAUUGAUUUAA